AUGGCGAGGAAGAGCGUGUCGUACGUGACGGCGGCGCAGCUCGUGUCCAUGGUCCGCGACCCCCGCGUCGCCAUCAUCGACGUCAGGGACGAGGAGCGGAUCUGCGACGCGCACAUCGCCGGGUCGCACCACUACGCCAGCGACGGCUUCGCGGACCGGCUGCCGGAGAUCGCCGAGGCCACCAGGGCCAAGGAGACCCUGCAGGUGCGCGGUCCAUCUUGUGCAAGAAUGUUUCUGGACUAUUUAUCAGAGGCCAAGGAAGAGUCAGCGGUGAAGAGCAUCACGGUCCUCGAGCGUGGAUUCAACGGAUGGGAGCUUUCAGGGAGAGCUGUUUGCCGCUGCAAGGAUGCUCCUUGCAAGGGUGUAUGCUCUUGA